UUGAACUGUGAAAAUGGAGAGCGAACCGAAACCAAGCGACGAGCUAUCUAGAUUCCUUGAUUCCGGUUUUUACAACUUUCCGAAUUCAAAUGCCGUAUUCAUCGACCCAGUUCGCGUGCUUAAUCAAUCCUACACUCGUUUUAGGGUAUCUCCUUUCACCUAUUACUCCCGCUUCUUUGAAUCCAAACACCCAGCUCAAGGAUCCAAUCCUAAGAAACGAAAACGAAAAUCGAAGAAACAAGAUCGCUCCCUCAAUGAAAAAGAAAAAGCAGCGGAAAAGCGUCAUCAGGAGGUGGUGCCUUAUAUUGAAGGCGCAUGAAUCUUUACUUGGAGCAGCUGAUUUUUCUGCGAUUAUGAGGAAAACGAGGAGUGUCUUUUGUUCUUCACCGGAGCUAAGUGGUGGUGAAGAACAUUCUUUCAUUGAGCUUGGGAAAGUUUGGCAAGCUCCUUUGUAUGAUAUAACUCUUGAUUUUAAGUUAAGACGACUGGAAAACGAGACUGAUAAUGGAGAAAAUCGAAUCAAUGAGCGGAGAGUGCUUCCGAUUUUUAAUAACUUAGUGGUCAACGGCAAGCCUGAAGAUGUGGAGGCCGAAUUUCUGAAUAGGCAUUAUAUUUUACCUAGACUGAGUUGCUUCUACAUGUCGGAUUUGGAGCAGAUUUGCGAUAUCGUUCCUGCUGUAUCUGAUAGUGGCUUCAACCUUAUAGUUAUUGAUCCUCCAUGGGAAAAUGGAAGUGCCCGUCAGAAAUCAGUGUACCCAACUUUACCAAACCGGUAUUUCUUAUCUCUUCCUAUAAAGCAACUUACACACACAGGUGGUGCACUUGUGGCCUUGUGGGUGACAAAUAGAGAGAAAUUGCGUAACUUUGUCGAGAAAGAGCUAUUCCCCGCAUGGGGAGUUAGAUAUAUUUCCACUACUUACUGGUUGAAGGUGAAAGGAGAUGGUUCGUUGAUCAGUGAUCUUGGCUUCUUUCAUCAUCGACCAUAUGAAUGCCUUCUCCUGGGAUAUUGUAAUGGAAAUGAAAUGGAUUCAGAUUGCCUUUCAGAAUUUAUGCCCAUAAAAGAUAAACGUAUUAUCAUAAGUAUUCCUGGUGGUUACUCCAGGAAGCCCCCGAUUGGAGAAUUACUGUUGGAGCAUGUUCCAGGAGUUAAACCUGCUAGAUGCAUUGAACUCUUUGCUAGAGAAAUGUUAGCUGGGUGGGUUUCUUGGGGAAAUGAACCACUUCACUUUCAGGACUCAAGAUAUUUUGAAACAGUGAAUACGUAAAUUAUCCUGGGACUGCCAUCUCAUGGGAAUCUGCAUUCAAAGUUUACCUGGUAUAGAUUGGUUUGGUUCAGUUUCAUAUCCCCAAACACAUUAUCCUAGCUUGGAUGGUUAUCAAUCUGUGCCGAUCUAAGAUAAAAUGAGCAAAUGGAGCCUUUCAGUAGCUGAAGAUGAAAGCUGUAUAUCCAGAUUGCCUAGGCCUAUUGGAGAUUGGCAACACUGAUAAAAAGUUGAGAGCCGAAGCACUGAUCACUCUCCUCGGUCCUCACUAAGCUUGCUUCGAGUGACUGCUUUGAUUUACUAUGUUACUCAAGAAAGGAACAUCGGAUUCCUUGGGCUUGGCAUGAGAGAAUAAACAGUGAUAUUCCCAGUUCACUGCAUGGAACUUGAAGCAUUUCCAAUGACCCCGUGAGUCAUAUCUGCUUAGUUAAAUUUUCACUUCUGUUUUGUUACAUCUUCUGGUCUGUUUAGUUUCCUGUUAGUUGCAGAAUUGUUUUCACAAUGGCAGGUCACGCCCGGAUUCUUGGCUUGUAUGAAAAUAU